UCUAACUGCUUUCAUAAUAAUCAGUGGAUUUUUUCAAGCCAACACCUCGAUUUAAACAAUAUUCAGAAUAUUCUUAUGGGAUAUGGGAUGGGAUGAUUUUGAGAAUUAAAUUACAUGAACACUUGUAGGUCAAAAUGUAUUCACGACAAAUGAAUGGCACCCCUUUUGGAGGAAAUACUCAAUAUGACUUAUAUGUUCAAGAGAUUGAAGGCAUAGAUGAUUAUUUCGGUCCCACAUUUAGGGCAAUAUUUGAUAAUGAUGAACAUGCAGAUUUCCGGGAUAAACUUGAAAAACGAAUAAAACAGCAUGAUAGAGAUAUAGAGAGAUUAUGCAAUAUAUAUUAUCAAGGUUUCAUUGAAUCUAUAACAGAAUUAUUGGAAGUUCGCUCGCAGGCUAAAAAGUUGAAUAAUAAUGUGAUAUCUUUGAAUCAUCAACUUAAUGCUUCUGCCCAAGAGAUUAUGAAAUCUGGAAAUGAAUUAAUUAAUGGUAGAAAAGUACAAAAUAAUAUAGCUGCAGUUAUAGCUCAGUUCAAGUUAUGGUUACCUGUAUUGACAACUUAUUCUAAAUUACAAAAGCAAAUAGCAGAGAAGAGAUAUUAUCCAGCCUUGAAAAGUCUAGAAGAACUUGAACAUUUACAUCUUCCUCAUGUAGCAAGUUAUAGAUUUUCAUAUCAGUUGAGGGAAAAUAUUCCUAAGAUUCGUCAAAGUAUUGAAUCGGCGUCCAUGUCUGAUUUAAAGGACUUUUUGGAAAACAUUCGAAAAUUUUCACCCAAAGUUGGUGAGGUAGCAAUGAAACAUACAAGGGAGCAACUCACGGAGGAUCCUACAUUGGUAGUCAGAAAGAAGAAACGAAUAACACACCAGUCUUCUGAGGAUGAUCUGAGUGCACAAGAAUUGAUAGAUUUCUCCCCCAUAUAUAGAAGUUUGCAUAUUUCCACAGUAUUAGGAACCAAAUCAACAUUUGAAUCUUAUUAUAGGGCUGAGAGGACUAAACAAGCAAGAUUAGUUCUACAGCCCCCAACAAAUAUGCAUGAAUCAGAAGAAAGUUUUCGCUUGUAUAUCCAUUCAGUUUUGGGUUUUUUCAUAACUGAAGACCAUGUAUUGAAUACAGGAAGUGGUCUCAUCACUAGAACAUUUUUAGAUGAAAUGUGGAACUCUGCAUUAUCAAAAAUGGUAACUGCUUUACAGAAUCAUUCAGCUUACUGCACUGAUGCCACACUCAUACUUAGAAUAAAAGAUCUUAUCAUGUUAUUUUGUACUACACUCACAAAUUAUGGAUACACAGUGGAACCCCUAUUGGACUUUGUUAAAGAAUUGCGAGAUCAUUAUACAGAGGUUUUAAUGCAAAGAUGGGUGCAAGUAUUCAGGGAAAUAUUGUCAAAGGAGGAUUUUCAACCUGUGGAGGUGCUUGAUCAAGAGGUAUUAGAUAAUAUAUUAUCUUCCUUUCCUUGGGACGAAGAUUUACCAAACAAUAUAACAUUCCCUUGUACACUUCCAUUCUCAAGUAUGGUACCCAGAGUGUAUCAACAAGUGAAAGAAUUCAUUUAUGCUUGUUUGAAAUUUUCGGAGGAUUUGAAUUUGAGUCAACUUGAAGUGGAUGAAAUGAUAAGGAGAUCUAUCAAUCUGCUGUUAACAAGGACAUUUAGUGGAUGUUUAUCUACAACCUUCAGAAAUCCAAGAGUUGGUUUGCAAGAAAUUAUGCAGAUAAUAAUUGAUACUGGAUAUUUAGAAGCUUCUACUACAUACUUGGAUCAAUUUAUCUCAAACAUAACUGGGGAAGAAUCUAAAGCGAUUUCAAGUGGGCUUAUGCCAGGAAAAACAAUAAUGUUUCAGGUUGCUAGGGAAGAUGCUAUCAAUCAAAUAUGCGAGAAGCUCAACCAAAAAUUGGAUGAAUUUUUAGAAUUGGAAAGUUAUGAUUGGUUACUUGUUGAACCUCAAGGUCAUGCUUCCACACAUAUUUCAGAUUUAAUUGCUUUCUUGAGAACUACUUUCCAAAGCUUCACCAGCUUACCACUGGAAGUAGCACAAAUCGCAUGUAAAGCUGCUUGUGAACACAUAGCCGAAGCAAUGUUCAGUUUACUAAUGAGUGAGAAGAACAAGCAAAUUUCUCUUGGUGCCCUCAACCAAAUUUCUUUAGAUUUAAUUCAGUGUGAGCUUUUUGCUGCAUCUGAACCAGUUAAAGGCUUGCAAGAAGAUGACCUAGCCUAUUUCUCUAAAUUGAGAGAAAUUUUAGAUUUAUUUACAACUUGUGAUUGGCCAACCUAUUUUCAUGAUUAUGGCCAGGAAAUAAGCAAAUAUAAGCAGGUUAAGCCUGAUGAUGCUCUUAUUCUUGUUGAGAAGUUGAAAGAAGGUGAUAAGAAGACAAUGUUUACAGUAUUGAAAAAAAGUGAACGAGAUAAGAAGAAACUUUUAGAAACUGUUUCCAAACAACUGAAACAGCUAUCACAGAUUCCCCCAAAUAAAUGAGUAGUCGAUAAGAACAUGGACAAUUUAUUGAAAUGUAAAUAAGAACACAUAAAAAGUACUUACAAACAAAAGAAGAUUAAAAUUAUAAUAUUAUUAAGAUAAAUCUAAUGAGCAAUGAAAUAAAGUAAAACUAAUGAUUA